AUGAUGUCUCCCUGGGGCUGGAUCAUCUUCCAUUAUUUAAUAACGUCGGGGGACCUGACCAGGGCUCCCAAUGGUCUCUGCUCCCGAAGUCAGAAUUUGGUGGUGAAGCCUGGAUUCCCCAAAGUCAUAAAGACCAAUGACCCUGGGGUCCUGAAAGCUGCCAGGAUUGGUGUUGAAAAAUUCAACAACUGCACCAACGACAUCUUUCUCUUCAAAGAGUCUCGUGUCAACAAAGCCAUGGUGCAGAUUGUGAAGGGGCUGAAGUACAUGCUUGACGUGGAGAUUGGCCGCACGGUCUGCAGGAAGAGCAACUAUACCAGUCUGGACAAUUGUGACUUUCAGACCAAUCAGCCCUUAAAGCAGAUGUUUAAGUGUUACUUUGAAGUCUGGAUAGUUGCCUGGCUCCAGAAAGCAGAAGUGCUACUUCUUCAUUGCCAGUGACAUCCCCCUUCAACCUAAGAUCACUUUUGGCUCCCGGACGCAACCAAUCCAGGAACAACACUGUCCACUGACUGCCCGGCGUGCCUUCCACUGACCCUCCGGACCCUUCCAAAUCAGCCAUAGAACAUCUACAUCUGAUCAAUGGCUUACCUUAUUUUUCUUCAUGGGUCUGUCACCCAUCCCUUCUCCCCUUCCUUCUUCGAAGAUUGUGAGUCCUUUGAGGACCAGGAACGUGGGUCUAAUUGUCAUCUGUGGAUUUUUUCCCAGCACUUAAAAGAGUGUUCUGCAAAAAGUAAGUGCCAAAUAAAUAGCAUUACUACCAGUACAAAUACUUCUACUGCUCCUACUGCCACUGCUCCUUCUGCAUCAAGUUGAAACUCCUGAAGAUAGGUUUCCAGGUUUUAAUAAUAAUAAUUGUGGUAUUUGUUAAGCACUUACUAUGUGCC